CUGGAUCAGAAUGGCAAUGUUUAACAGUACUGGAAUACUGGAGACUGGAACUAAUGAUAGUCAAGUCUACCGUUGUACUUUAAAAGAACAAUUCAAGUACAUUCUCCUGCCGGUGAGUUACACUUUGGUGUUUGUGUUCGGUCUGGGGUUGAACAUCACGGCCAUGUACAUCAUCCUGUUUCGCACCAAACACUGGAAGCCCAGCACCAUCUACAUGAUCAACCUCAACGUCUGCGACACGCUUUACAUCCUCACCCUGCCGUUCCUCAUCUACUAUUACGCUGAUAAGAACGACUGGCCGUUCGGUGAGCUGAUGUGUAAGCUGAUUCGCUUUCUCUUCUACACAAACCUCUAUGGAAGCAUCCUCUUCCUCAGCUGCAUCAGUCUGCACCGGUUUCUAGGCAUCUGCCACCCGAUGCGCUCUUUGUACUGGAUGAACCGCCGGCGUGCUCGUAUGAUUUCUGUGGGAAUAUGGCUGAUCAUUCUCAUCUUACAGGCACCGAUUCUUUAUUUCUCCCGGAUGAGACAUAAUUAUAAUAAUAAUAAUCUGGUCUGUCAUGACACCACCAUCAAGGAGCUCUUCAAUGACUACAUUGUCUACAGCACGGUGGUGAUGUUUCUGCUUUUUGUCCUACCGUUUGGUGUGGUGCUGGUCUGCAGCGGCCUGAUGGUGAAGAAACUUCUUGAUCCCGGAGAUCUCAGAGAACCAAUGUCACAGCGCUCCAAACAGAAGUCGGUGAAGAUGAUUGUUAUUGUGCUCUUGGCUUUCAUGGUGUGCUUCUUGCCUUUCCAUGUGAACCGCAGUAUUUGCUACACCUUCCGUUACCUUGACAAACACGACUGCAACUUAUUACUACUCUCCAAUAAUAUCUACAAGGUCUCGCGACCUCUGGCCAGUCUCAACAGCUGCAUUGACCCCAUCCUCUACUUCAUGGCAGGACAGAGCUUCAGAAACAGCUUCAACAAGAAAUCAACCAGGAAGUCUGACAGAACCCUUUUAACAUUACAGUAAAAUUUCUUGAUUUUUAUGUCUUUAUUUUUAUAGAUUGACCAUAUGUACUUUUUUUGGGGAUUCCUGGGUUAAGCGCAAUGUGAAAAGGUCUAUUUUCCCGGAAAAGGUCCUGGCCAGGAUUUCUAAACUGGCCAAAAUGUCCGGCUGUAUUUGCAUUGAAUUGCUUUGACUGUUUAUGUAGAUCCCACCUUCAUGAACGCCAUGAUUGGUCGAUUAUUCACAAUGUCUGAAGGUCAUUGGUCAAACUACUUUUCCGUCAUUACUUUUAGCAAUUCUGAUAACAAAGCCAGAACCAGACAGGCAGGAUCUGGCCAGGAUCUUCCUGGGAAAAUAGUGCUUUUCACACUGUGCUUAACCCAGGGUUAUCAUUUGUCACAUUUAGCUAAUGUAGAAGUGAGGUUGAAUUAGCAACAGACACCCAAUCGCUGCCUCACCUGUCAAACAGUGACAGAAAAACA